CCUGAUCCAGCUGGAGGGGUUCCUGAGCGGGAUGUGCUGCAGCUGCGAGGCAGCGUACCGUGUACUGUACUGGGAGAACCCCACUGUCUCUUCCCAGUUUUAUGGGGCACUGCUGGGGUCUGUCUGUGUCCUUUACGUGCUGCCCCUCUGCUGGGUCCUGGCCAUUCUCAACAGCACCCUAUUCCUGGGAAACACCCAGUUCUACCAAGUGAUAAUGGAGCUCAAGGCCUCGAUUGAGCAGUGUGUGGGCACCAAACCCCUCGAGAGCACUCCAGAGCCUGCUGACCCCCUCCCAGCUGCUGCCCCCCCGGAUCGGACCCCCACACCCACCAGCACAGAGGACCUUACCCCUGGCAGUGUGGAGGAGGCGGAGGAGGCAGAGCCUGAUGAAGAGUUCAAAGAUGCUAUUGAGGAGGAUGAUGAGAGCUCUCAGUGCUCAGCAGAUUUUGACCUCAGCCUCCCAGACAACGGUUUUAUGAGCAAAAAUGAGGUGAUCCGCAGCAAGGUGUCACGCCUGACCGAGCGCCUGCGCAAGCGCUACCCCAGCAACAACUUCGGGAGCUGCACGGGCUGUGCAGCCACCUUCUCUGUGCUCAAGAAAAGGCGGAGCUGCAGUAACUGUGGGAACAGCUUCUGCUCCAGGUGUUGUUCCUUCAAAGUCCCCAAGGCUGUGAUGGGAGCCACGGCCCCGGAGGCUCAGAGGGAGACGGUGUUUGUGUGUGCUCUGUGCAACCAGGUGCUCAUCAAGUGACUGAAACAGGCCCAGCCAGCUCCGGGGUCCUGCACUGCCUGACACCUGGGACAGCGGGAGCCCUUGCAGCCAGGAGCCUGGGCUGCUUGGUUCCCAGCGUGGUGUCACCCUGCCAGAGGACGCUUGCGCUCGCUGCUCCUCCUGCCAGCGCCAGGCAUGGGGCAGACCAGCCCUCCCAGCCACGCAGCAUCUGCCACCCCAGCUGGAUGCCUGCGGUGGAGCAUUGCCCGCAGCUGUGCCCUCAUCCCUGUGGCUGCCCCCAGGCAGCUGCUCCAAGCC